ACGUGACCCGCGAGGCGAGGAGGGCCGCUUUUCCCGAAAGGCAGCGCGGCAGAGAGGCGCUGCUGCUUCUCAGAGGUCAAGAUGGCGGCCAGGGCACCGGCUGCAGCCAGUGGUCGUUUGCUUGAUGGUCUGCGCAAGUGGUAUUACAAUGCAGCUGGAUUCAACAAACUCGGGCUCAUGCGAGAUGAUACAAUGUAUGAAAAUGAAGAUGUGAAGGAAGCACUAAAGAGACUUCCUGAAAAUGUGUACAAUGACAGGUUAUUUCGUCUCAAGAGGGCAUUAGACUUGUCUAUGAGGCAACAAAUCCUUCCUAAAGAUCAGUGGGUAAAAUAUGAAGAGGAUAAACCAUAUCUUCAGCCAUACCUGAAAGAAGUCGUUCGUGAAAGACUUGAAAGAGAAGAGUGGAACAAGAAAUAACUGCGGCUGACAUUGGUUUGUGUGAAUGUUUCAAAUUAAAUUAUGUCAGGUAGAGGGAUCUGUUGAGCACUUCUGAGUAUUGAGAAGAAAUCUGUGCAACUAUUUACUACUGGUAUUUGUUCAUCCAGCUCAAAUAAUAACAAAAGAUGCAGCAAUGCAGUAAUACAAUACAAAAUACAAUAAUAAUUAAAAAAACACAACAGUAAAA